AUGAGUGCAACAGCCCGCAUGGGAGGCCAGCUGAUCCUUGAAGAGGAAUAUGAUGAGAAUUAUACACCUUCUGAACAAGAGAUUCAAGAGUACGCAAGAGAGAUUGGCCUUGAUCCUGGCAGUGAGCCGGAGCUCCUGUGGCUGGCCAGGGAAGGCGUCGUUACACCAUUGCCUCCAGAGUGGAAGCCUUGUCAGGACGUGACAGGGGAAAUCUAUUAUUUCAACUUCUCCUCAGGCCAAUCCACCUGGGACCACCCCUGCGAUGAGCACUACCGCCUCCUGGUGGCCCAGGAGCGUGAACGCACCCAGCUCACUGCAGCUAUAGGAGGCAUGGGGGCAAAGAAGAAGAAGAAGGUUUCAGAAGCUGCCAAAAGGUUUAUGCUGGCUAAAGAUGGAGGAAGCUCUUUAGCCCAUAAAGUUGACCGACUCGUCCUCCAACAGUCCAGCCCUUCUAGCUCCUUCUGCAGCCCCUCCGACUCAGAGCGAAGUGAGGUAGAGCUAAGUCCCAAAGCCUCUCUGAGGCUCCAGAGGCCUGGAACUGCUAGAGGUCGGACAAUCCGCACUUCCAACACCAAGCCUGGAAAUGCUGAAUCCCCGUUAAAAACCUUUGACAAACCACUGGAUGAAGAGCCAAGCUUGAGAAUCAGGAAAGACAGAGAGAAUAAAGAGAGAGAGGAAGACGAUGAUAAGGAGAAGAAAGAGCGAGCAGCGGAGCGAGACAAGCUGGAAGCCCAGAAGAGGCAGGAUGUUGAACUCCUUAAGGCUGAGCAGGGAGAGGAGCUGGAAGCAGAGAGGAGGAGACUCCAAGGACAGCAAGAGGAGAAACUGAACUCUCUCAAACAGGAGGUCAAAAGGACAGAUAUGGGCAAGGAGCUGUUGAUGAGUACACGAUCUGAACAGCACCUGACCACCUACCAACGAGAUCUCACUGGCCUGCUCCAGGAAGUGCGGGAGGAAGAGCAGCGGGAUCACGAGAGGAAGCUGGAGAAGCUGACGGAAGACCACAAGAGAGAAAUGAACAAUAUCAGAGAGAAAUACCUGGAUGAGGAGACCAUACAGAGAGAGCGCUUGCUGUCCACUCUGCAGGACGACAGAGGGCACCUCCAGGCCUCCCACGCUGUCCAGCUGGAGAAACUGAGGCUUCAGCUCAACACUGAGAUAAAAAAGACACAGCUCACACACUCACGCAAGGAGUCCGAAAUGCAGGAUCUGGCAGAUCAGUUGGAGCUGAAAGUCAAAGAGCUAAAGAGCCAGGAGAGCAUGCUGCAGAUCAAGGCAGUAGAUCUGAAGAGAAGGAGGAAGAAGCUAAUAGACGAACGAGAGGAGGUGGACACAGAGAUAGAGGCCUUACCCCGGCUGAACCAGGAGAGAGACCAGCUAAAGGACGAGCUGGAGAGGAUGAGAGAGGAGAAACAUCAAGCCCGAGAACUCAUCCAGAGAGUCAGGGAGGAGCGGAGCGAGGCAAUCAAGGAAAAGGAGAGGCUGAGAGGGGAGAGGGACAAAGCCAGAGACGAGAGCAGGAGAGUGAAGGAGGACAAGGAGAAACUGACUUUGCCUGUGUCGCAGCCUCUCUCCGUGCCAGCUCCCACUCCAACCUAUAAUCCAGUCGCGUCCCACAUUCACACCCUGGGCCACAGCUCCCUAGCCCCACCUCCCCCCCUGAGGCCCUUGAACCCUUCUUGGAACUGGGCGACUGGGAGCUCUUCACCCGUCUACAAUGCCCCUAUCAGCAGCGGGCUGAAGGACUCUGACGAUCUCUUCAACAGCCGGUGGAGCCAGAUUUUUCCUGGAGUAGCUGUGGACCCAGUUGCGUCCAGCACCAUGAGGACCAGCUCAGCCUACUCAGCUCACACUCCUGUUAGUGAACACAGUCCCAGCCUGCGGUCCAUGCAGAAGUCAGCAGAGAUCGAUAGUCAGAGGUUGCAGGGGAUGAUCGAGGGCAACAAGAGGUGGCUGGAGACGCGCAAGAAAGACCCAAGCAUACCUCUUUCCACUCGGUAUCAAGCUCCGACUUCCAAGAGCAGCCUGGUCCAGCUGGGCCUGGACGAUAUCAACCAGAUCAGAAACAAAUCCAAGCUGAGCCUUAUGACCAAGAGAGGACAGAGAGGUGACAGAACGGCCACCUACGAGAGUCCCAUCGACAGACGUCUGCAAGUAACCAUGAGUGCAACAGCCCGCAUGGGAGGCCAGCUGAUCCUUGAAGAGGAAUAUGAUGAGAAUUAUACACCUUCUGAACAAGAGAUUCAAGAGUACGCAAGAGAGAUUGGCCUUGAUCCUGGCAGUGAGCCGGAGCUCCUGUGGCUGGCCAGGGAAGGCGUCGUUACACCAUUGCCUCCAGAGUGGAAGCCUUGUCAGGACGUGACAGGGGAAAUCUAUUAUUUCAACUUCUCCUCAGGCCAAUCCACCUGGGACCACCCCUGCGAUGAGCACUACCGCCUCCUGGUGGCCCAGGAGCGUGAACGCACCCAGCUCACUGCAGCUAUAGGAGGCAUGGGGGCAAAGAAGAAGAAGAAGGUUUCAGAAGCUGCCAAAAGGUUUAUGCUGGCUAAAGAUGGAGGAAGCUCUUUAGCCCAUAAAGUUGACCGACUCGUCCUCCAACAGUCCAGCCCUUCUAGCUCCUUCUGCAGCCCCUCCGACUCAGAGCGAAGUGAGGUAGAGCUAAGUCCCAAAGCCUCUCUGAGGCUCCAGAGGCCUGGAACUGCUAGAGGUCGGACAAUCCGCACUUCCAACACCAAGCCUGGAAAUGCUGAAUCCCCGUUAAAAACCUUUGACAAACCACUGGAUGAAGAGCCAAGCUUGAGAAUCAGGAAAGACAGAGAGAAUAAAGAGAGAGAGGAAGACGAUGAUAAGGAGAGUGAGUGGGAGGAGAGUCUUAGAGAACAAAAAGAGAAGGAGGGGGAGAGGAGGAAGGCUGAUCAGGAGGUAGAGGAGGUGAAAAAACAGUUGAUGGGGGAGAAAGAGAAGAGGAUGUGUCUCAUCCAGGAGGAGCUGCGUAGGGAGGAGGAGGAGGAGGAGAGGAUUCUGAAGGAGGAGAGUGAGGAAAUACUGAGGGCUCUGCGGCAGAGUCUCCUGUUAAAGAGGAGAGAGGAGGAGGCCAGGCUCACUGAGGAGUCUGACAGGAUGCUGGAGGAAACCAGAGAGUCUAUCCAGAGGGAGAGAGAGACGCAAAAGCACAAGCUCACGGAGGAGAGCGAAGCCAUCCUGAAAGUUUUGCAAAAAACUCUAGAGAAAGAGCGAGCAGCGGAGCGAGACAAGCUGGAAGCCCAGAAGAGGCAGGAUGUUGAACUCCUUAAGGCUGAGCAGGGAGAGGAGCUGGAAGCAGAGAGGAGGAGACUCCAAGGACAGCAAGAGGAGAAACUGAACUCUCUCAAACAGGAGGUCAAAAGGACAGAUAUGGGCAAGGAGCUGUUGAUGAGUACACGAUCUGAACAGCACCUGACCACCUACCAACGAGAUCUCACUGGCCUGCUCCAGGAAGUGCGGGAGGAAGAGCAGCGGGAUCACGAGAGGAAGCUGGAGAAGCUGACGGAAGACCACAAGAGAGAAAUGAACAAUAUCAGAGAGAAAUACCUGGAUGAGGAGACCAUACAGAGAGAGCGCUUGCUGUCCACUCUGCAGGACGACAGAGGGCACCUCCAGGCCUCCCACGCUGUCCAGCUGGAGAAACUGAGGCUUCAGCUCAACACUGAGAUAAAAAAGACACAGCUCACACACUCACGCAAGGAGUCCGAAAUGCAGGAUCUGGCAGAUCAGUUGGAGCUGAAAGUCAAAGAGCUAAAGAGCCAGGAGAGCAUGCUGCAGAUCAAGGCAGUAGAUCUGAAGAGAAGGAGGAAGAAGCUAAUAGACGAACGAGAGGAGGUGGACACAGAGAUAGAGGCCUUACCCCGGCUGAACCAGGAGAGAGACCAGCUAAAGGACGAGCUGGAGAGGAUGAGAGAGGAGAAACAUCAAGCCCGAGAACUCAUCCAGAGAGUCAGGGAGGAGCGGAGCGAGGCAAUCAAGGAAAAGGAGAGGCUGAGAGGGGAGAGGGACAAAGCCAGAGACGAGAGCAGGAGAGUGAAGGAGGACAAGGAGAAACUGACUUUGCCUGUGUCGCAGCCUCUCUCCGUGCCAGCUCCCACUCCAACCUAUAAUCCAGUCGCGUCCCACAUUCACACCCUGGGCCACAGCUCCCUAGCCCCACCUCCCCCCCUGAGGCCCUUGAACCCUUCUUGGAACUGGGCGACUGGGAGCUCUUCACCCGUCUACAAUGCCCCUAUCAGCAGCGGGCUGAAGGACUCUGACGAUCUCUUCAACAGCCGGUGGAGCCAGAUUUUUCCUGGAGUAGCUGUGGACCCAGUUGCGUCCAGCACCAUGAGGACCAGCUCAGCCUACUCAGCUCACACUCCUGUUAGUGAACACAGUCCCAGCCUGCGGUCCAUGCAGAAGUCAGCAGAGAUCGAUAGUCAGAGGUUGCAGGGGAUGAUCGAGGGCAACAAGAGGUGGCUGGAGACGCGCAAGAAAGACCCAAGCAUACCUCUUUCCACUCGGUAUCAAGCUCCGACUUCCAAGAGCAGCCUGGUCCAGCUGGGCCUGGACGAUAUCAACCAGAUCAGAGUCUACCGCUACUGA